AAAAGAAAACUACACUUAUUCACUGAUCAAAACCCUGGAGAUCGCUUUUUUGGCAAUGGCUUUUUGAUAUGCUGCGAGCCGCAGAAACGCGUGAUUAUGUAUACCUACCAGAUAUCAUCGAAGCGACCGACCCACAUUGCAAGUGAGAUAAGAAAAACAAACCACAAUUACCCUACCCUUAAUGCUCGUUGAGGUAGAUGUGCAGUGAAACAAGUGUGUGUGUACCAAACCGAAUUAAAAGACGACAAAGGGGAAAUUGCGCCUUUUGGAAAGUGUGAGAUGAAGGUUCAUUGCUACACUCGGAAUAUGGUGUAGAUGUGUUUCGCUGCAUGCAACAGUGUGAAACGUUUGAUCACAAACCCACCACCGGAAGCGCACGGUUUAGCAUAACACGGCCCGAUCGCCGCACUGAUCUUUCCAGCUUCAAUGAGAGCGGAAGCAGAUGCGUCAUAGCGCAAAACAAUGUCGUCGGAUAGGAUACACCGUGCCGCUAAAGAUGGACUGUUGGAUGUGCUCCGUGAGGCGACCCGUUCGGAGGCAAAUGCUAAGGAUGUGGACGGAAUGACUCCGGUUCUAUGGGCCGCAUUUGAGGGACAUUUCGAUGCACUUAAGCUGUUGGUGGUCCGUGGCGGAGACCCUGACAAGUCCGAUCAGUUUGGGAAUACCGCGCUACACCUGGCAUCGGCAAAAGGACAUAUGCAGUGCGUAGAUUUCCUGGUACAAUUCGGCGUAAACAUUUACGCACUCGAUAUCGAUCACCACAGUGCGCAGGACCUGGCGGCCAUUAACAAUCGCGAUAAGAUAUUGCGCUACCUUGAUGCUGCUGCGGCAAAUUUAGAAUCGAAUGAUAGAAAAAAGGCUCACGAAUUUCGCGAACAGGCAAAGAAGAAGAGCGAAAAGCGGGCCCGCGAAUUUGCGACCCGCCAGCAGAAGCUCGAGCGAGAUCAGGACACGAGCUUACGGAUUCGUCCACACAGGCCAUCUAAUAUGUUGCAGGCGCUGAAGCACAAACUGUGGUCCGGAAGCCAGGGAAACCUAGCGCAGGGACAAUCAAGAAUAGUCAACGAAGCAUCGCAGGCAGCACUGGGCACGACCAAAUUCAGUGCUCUGGUUGGAGGGACGGUACGUGGUGGCGGGGCUGUAAAAAAGCGUGCAGAUGCGAUGAAAAUACGGCAGCAGAUGGAAAAUGGAGAUUUCAAAAUUGGCGAAAUGGAAUCAAACGGCAAACGGAGCGUUCGCUCGAUACAGGGUCUCAGACGCGACUCGGAGAUACUAUACGUCGGAACAUACAGCUCUAAUGAUGAAUCAAACGCGUCCGAACGACGUGGUAAGCUGCAGGAUGUAUUCGACGUAGAUCCUACUAAUGGGCAGGAUAAUGACGACGCGGACGAGGACAGCAAUAGCGGUGCGAGUGGAAAAUUCGGUACCAUUUCGCGUUCGCUUAGUCAGCCCGAUUUCCUUGCAACUACAGUUACCACCGACGAAAUAACGGAGGACGUUCUUCUGCAACGACCUUCCGGCCUGUUCAAUCGACCAUCCUUCGGCAAUCUAGCCUUUCCCCGAUCUGUGUCCAACGUACUCGCACAGCUAGGUAAUGAGCAGUCCUCCACGAGUGCCUCAUCUGAAGGCUCGAUAAAGGCAAAAGCUACAAAAGCGAUCAAACCAAGAUCGCAGCUUGUCAUCUCUGACUCCGAUUCAGAUAUGGAAAGUUCGGAUAACGAUGAAAAUGAUGAUUCGAUUGCUAUUUUACGGUUCCUAUCAGCGUUCAAGUUAGAGGAUUACUACCCUGUUUUCCAGAAGAAUGAGAUCGACAUGGAAACGCUCAUGAUGCUGACCGAAAACGAUGUCAAGUCAUUGGGUCUUCCGCUCGGUCCGUAUCGUCGGCUUUGUAAUGCAAUUCAGGAAAGAAGGGAAGCAAUGACCACCCCUGGUUCGAUAAGCGACAGUCGUCUGUAGUACUUUUACUCGUGUACAGUGUAUAAUAACUGGAUAGCAGCAUGCUGCUGCCCAUGUAAAUUAUUACGAAAUUUGAUGGAAAUAUUACGUAUCAAAAUCUAAAAAUUGAACUACCAUGUUUUAAAGCAUUAAUGAACAUCAUCCGGACUUGACAUAGAUGCGUCGCGUUAAUAUGGUCUUACCAGAGACAUUGUACAGACCUAGGAAAUCACAAGCAGCACGGGAAAAAGGUUUUCACUCAAUGAUCUUAAAUCGAUAAGUCGUAUGGUUAAAACUAGAACCGUGGAAAAGGAAUUAACACAGGCAAUUUUUGUGGCCUUGGUGGCCUUUUUUUGUGGCUGGAUGCGUACUGCUAGCGACGGCUAAAUAAAGGCAAAGAAACCCAGAAAUGGCAGGCCUAGACCUCUUGAGGUUGUUGUGCCCAUCAAGAAUAUGUUUGAUCACUUCAGGAUCACCAGUUUGGGGAAUCUUUCGGAUGAUGGUUGCAUCCGAACUUACACGCUCGGUGGUUUGAUAAAUAAGGAUUAGUUUAUUCAUCGUCCUUUUUGUUCGUUGA